AUGCACAUCAAAGAUAUGCUCCGUGAGGCGGAGAGGGACGGUCAGCCGUCCUUCUCCUUCGAAUACUUCCCUCCCAAGACCGCCCAGGGUGUCCAGAAUCUCUACGACCGCAUGGAGAAGAUGUAUCAUAUGGGUCCCAAGUUCAUCGACAUCACCUGGGGCGCCGGUGGUAGAAUUGCCGAGCUCACCUGCGAUAUGGUUCUACAAGCCCAGAGCAUUUACGGCCUCGAGACGUGUAUGCACCUGACCUGCACCGACAUGGGGCUCGAAAAAGUCAAUGACGCCCUGCACAAGGCGUACAAAGCCGGCUGUACCAACAUCCUUGCCCUCCGCGGUGAUCCGCCCCGCGACAAAGAGAAGUGGGUGGCCGCCGAUGAAGACUUCCAGUACGCCAGGGACCUCGUCAAGCACAUCCGCGACACCUACCACGACAACUUCGACGUUGGUGUCGCCGGCUACCCGGAAGGCUGUGACGACAACAAGGACGAGGAGCAGCUGCUCGACCACCUCAAAGAGAAGGUCGACAUGGGUGCCACCUUCAUCGUCACCCAGAUGUUCUACGACGCCGACAACUUCGUCCGCUGGGUCGGCAAGGUGCGCGAGCGUGGCAUCACCGUCCCCAUCAUCCCCGGCAUCAUGCCCAUCGCCACCUACGCCAGCUUCCUGCGUCGCGCCAAGCACAUGAACUGCCGGGUCCCGGACGAGUGGAUGGCCGCCCUAGACCCCGUCAAGAACGACGACGUCGCCGUCCGAGAAAUCGGCAAGCACCUCGUGGCCGACUUGUGUCGCAAGAUCCUCUCGGCCGGCAUCCACCAUCUCCACUUCUACACCAUGAACCUCGCCCAGGCCACCCGCAUGGUCCUCGAGGAGCUCGAUUGGCUGCCCACCUCCGAGCGUCCCCUCAAGCAACGCUUGCCCUGGAAGCAGAGCCUGGGCUUCGGCCGGAGAGCGGAGGACGUGCGCCCGAUUUUCUGGAAGGGCCGCAACAAGUCCUACGUCUUGCGCACGAAGGAGUGGGACGAAUUCCCCAACGGCCGCUGGGGCGACUCGCGCUCCCCGGCCUUUGGUGAGCUCGACGCCUACGGCAUCGGCUUGACCGGCACCAACGAGCAGAACCGCAAGAAAUGGGGCGAACCCCAGUCCGUGCAGGACGUGGCCGACCUUUUCGUCCGCUACCUGAAGAGGGAGGUCGACUCGCUGCCCUGGAGCGAAUCGCCACUCACCGCUGAAGCCAGCCCCAUCCGCGACGACCUGAUUGACCUCAACAAGCGCGGCCUCAUCACUAUCAACUCCCAGCCCGCCGUGAGCGGCGUCAAGUCAUCCGACCCGGUCCACGGCUGGGGUCCGCCCAACGGAUACGUCUAUCAAAAGUCGUACCUCGAGCUGCUCGUCCACCCCGACCUGUACCCCGAGCUGAUCGCUCGCAUCGAGGACCACCCGGAUAUGACCUACUAUGCUGUGACGAAGGACGGGACCCUCAAGUACAACUCCCCGACCGACGGGCCUAAUGCCGUCACCUGGGGUGUCUUCCCCGGAAAGGAGAUCGUCCAGCCGACCAUUGUCGAGGGCAUCAGCUUCAUGGCCUGGAAGGACGAGGCUUUCCGGCUAGGCGUGGACUGGGCGCAUUGCUAUGACCCCGAGUCUCCGAGCCGAGUGCUGAUCGAGCGCAUCAUGAAUGAGUGGUACCUGGUCAACAUUGUCAACAACGACUUCCAUCAGCAACGGGAGAUUUUCGAGAUCUUCCAAGGUCUGUCCGUCAAGGAGUACGAUGACAUCAAGCCCGUAAGCCAGAACGGCGAAUCGGCAAAUGGCGUCGCCACAGCCUCCACCUAA